CUCUGCUCAGGAGCUGCCUUCAGCGCAGUCACGCCCCUUCCUUCCGAGGAGCUUUCUGGCUGCCUGAACUGGUAGACCCCCUGAAUUACUUCUCCAUCUCCCCUCUUUCGCCUCCUCUUAGUUCUCUUCGCUUCUCCCCCGCUACCACUACCACCUCCAGUCUGUCUCGCCUCUCACCAUCCGCUGCUCCACCCUCCGGCCCGGUAUCCUGCCUGUCCACUGCCACCAAGGAGAGCCCGGACGGAGCAGCGAAGAGGGGAGCAGCCGGGGUUUGGGGUCCUCCCCCUGCCCAUCCCUGGCCUCCGGCCCAGGACCAAAGCCACUAGAACGAGCAGAGAGUCGUCACCUUGUCUUCGUUGCCUUCGGGGAGUGGCUGAGAGGAAAACAGAAGUGAAAGAGCUUUUGACUUCAUAGAAGAAAGACUGAGAAACUAAAGAGAGACCAGUGGUCGAACUCUUGGCGGCGCUUACCCUGAUCCUGAGUGUUAGGGCGGUUUCUGGAGCUGCUCAUAAGAAAGAAUUCCCUCUCCUGAGCAAGGCUUUACGCCUAAAAGAAAGCAGAAAUAGGUCAAGGGCAGCCCAAGUGCCCAAUUUCUCUCUCUCUUCACAAGGCACCACCAGCAAUAGAGAUGAGAAAUUCUGAAGAACAGCCAAGUGGAGGAACUACAGUAUUGCAGCGUCUGUUACAGGAGCAGCUUCGCUAUGGCAAUCCUAGUGAGAAUCGCAAUCUUCUUGCCAUACACCAGCAGGCUACAGGCAAUGGCCCUCCUUUCUCUGGUGCGCCUGGCAACCCAGGCCCUCAGAAUGAUGUGUUGAGUCCCCAAGAGCACCAUCAACAGCUUGUGGCUCACGCUGCUCGACAAGAACCCCAGGGCCAGGAAAUCCAGUCUGAAAACUCCAUCAUGGAGAAACAGCUGUCCCCUCGAAUGCAGAAUAACGAAGAACUCCCAACCUAUGAAGAAGCCAAAGUGCAGUCCCAGUAUUUUCGGGGACAACAGCAUGCCAGUGUUGGAGCUGCCUUCUAUGUCACAGGAGUCAGCAACCAGAAGAUGAGGACAGAGGGACGUCCAUCAGUUCAGCGGCUCACUCCUGGGAAGAUGCACCAGGAUGAAGGACUCAGAGAUCUGAAGCAAGGCCAUGUCCGCUCCUUAAGUGAAAGACUAAUGCAGAUGUCAUUGGCCACCAGUGGAGUUAAGGCCCAUCCACCUGUUACCAGUGCUCCCCUCUCCCCAUCACAGACCAAUGAUCUCUACAAGAAUCCCACAAGUUCCAGUGAAUUCUACAAGGCCCAAGGGCCACCUGUCAACCAACAUAGCCUGAAGGGCAUGGAACACCGAGGCCCCCCACCAGAGUAUCCCUUCAAGGGCAUGCCACCCCAAUCUGUAGUGUGUAAGCCCCAAGAGCCAGGGCACUUCUAUAGUGAGCAUCGCCUGAACCAGCCAGGGAGAACAGAGGGGCAACUGAUGAGAUAUCAGCAUCCCCCUGAGUAUGGAGCAGCCAGGCCGGCACAGGACAUCUCGUUGCCUCUGUCAGCCAGGAACUCUCAGCCUCACAGCCCUACUUCUUCGCUGACGUCCGGCGGUUCCUUGCCUUUGCUGCAGUCUCCGCCAUUGACCAGAUUGUCUCCUGCUCAACUUCCCCUGGUGCCAAGCCAAGGAGAUCACCCAGCUCACCUGCCUCGACCACAGCAGCACUUUCUUCCUAAUCAGGCUCACCAAGGGGAUCACUUUCGUCUUCCCCAGCCUGGCCUGAGUCAGCAACAGCAGCAACAGCAGCAACAGCAGUCGCACCAUCACCACCAUCACCAGCAGCCGCCGCAGCCAGGAGACACCUAUUCAGCCAUGCCUCGAGCUCAGCAGUCUGCUUCCUACCAGCCCAUGCCGGCAGACCCCUUUGCUAUUGUUUCCAGAGCCCAGCAGAUGGUGGAGAUCCUCUCCGAUGAGAAUCGCAACCUGCGGCAGGAGUUGGAAGGGUGUUACGAGAAGGUGGCAAGACUGCAGAAGGUGGAGACUGAAAUCCAGCGUGUCUCGGAGGCCUACGAGAACCUGGUGAAAUCAUCCUCUAAGAGAGAGGCCUUGGAGAAAGCUAUGAGAAACAAGCUGGAAGGCGAGAUUCGAAGGAUGCAUGACUUCAACAGGGAUCUGAGAGAGCGACUGGAGACUGCCAACAAGCAACUUGCAGAGAAGGAGUAUGAGGGGUCAGAGGAUACCAGGAAAACCAUCUCUCAGCUCUUCGCCAAAAAUAAAGAAAGUCAGCGGGAGAAGGAGAAGCUGGAAGCAGAGUUGGCCACUGCCCGUUCUACCAAUGAGGAUCAAAGGCGGCACAUUGAAAUCCGAGACCAGGCCUUGAGCAAUGCCCAGGCCAAGGUUGUGAAGCUGGAAGAAGAGUUGAAAAAGAAGCAGGUGUAUGUAGAUAAGGUGGAGAAGAUGCAGCAAGCCCUCGUACAGCUCCAGGCCGCAUGUGAGAAGCGGGAGCAGCUGGAACACCGCCUGCGGACUCGCCUGGAGAGAGAGCUGGAAUCUCUCAGGCUCCAGCAGCGCCAGGGCAACACACAACCCACCAACGUUUCCGAAUACAGUGCCGCAGCACUGAUGGAGCUCCUUCGAGAGAAGGAAGAGAGGAUUCUGGCCCUGGAAGCUGAUAUGACGAAGUGGGAGCAGAAGUAUUUGGAGGAGAAUGUGAUGAGACAUUUUGCUCUGGACGCUGCUGCCACCGUGGCUGCUCAGAGGGAUGCAUCGGUCAUCAGCCACUCUCCUAAUACCAGCUAUGACACAGCUCUGGAAGCUCGCAUCCAGAAGGAAGAAGAAGAAAUUCUGAUGGCCAACAAGCGUUGCUUGGACAUGGAGGGCAGGAUUAAGACUCUCCAUGCCCAGAUUAUUGAGAAAGAUGCCAUGAUCAAAGUACUCCAGCAACGUUCCCGGAAGGAGUCAAGUAAGACCGAGCAGCUGUCAUCCAUGCGACCAGCCAAGUCUCUGAUGUCCAUUUCCAAUGCUGGUUCGGGCUUACUCUCUCACUCCUCCACCUUGACUGGUGCCCCCAUCAUGGAAGAAAAACGGGAGGACAAGAGCUGGAAGGGGAGCCUAGGCAUUCUCCUGGGUGGAGACUAUCGUGUUGAGUCUGUCCCUUCCACACCCUCACCAGUGCCGCCCUCCACGCCACUGCUCUCGGCUCACUCCAAGACAGGCAGCCGAGACUGCAGCACUCAAACCGAACGUGGACCGGAACCCAACAAGCCUGCAGCUGCUCCUCCCAUCUCUGUUCCUGCUCCAGUUGCUGCUGCCGCCAGUGCUGCCGCCAUCACUGCCAACACCGCUACUGCUGCCACCAACACCACCACCAUGGUAGCUGCUGCUCCAGGCGCCACGGCUGCUGCUGUUCUUUCAGCUACGCCUGCUGUUGCUACUGCCGCUGCCGCCCCAGCUCCAGCAGCUGCUCCGGCUCUAGCUGCUGGUGUUCCUGCAGCCACUGCUGCUGCUCAGAUGCCAGCUGCCGCCUCCACCACUGCCACGGCUGCCGCUGCAGCUGCUCUCGCUCCUGCUGCUGCUGUUGCUGCUGUUGCUGUUCAGGCUACUCCAGCUGUUGCGGCUCCGGUUCCAGCUCUGGUUCCAGUCCCGACUCCGACCCCAGCAGUGGCUCAGGCUGCUGUUCCGGCUCAGACUCAGGCACCAACUCCUGCUCCGGCUGUGGCUCCUCCUUCAGCUCCAGCUCCAGCUCCAACUCUGGCUCAGGCUGAGGCUCCUGCAAGUCCAGCCACUGGUUCUGGAUCACGUCGUCUGUCUACACCAAAUGUGACCUGCAAUUCAGAGAAGACAGAUGGUCCUGCUUUCCACUCCAGUACUCUGGAAAGAAAAGCGCCCCUUCAGAUGCUGGGACAAGAGCCUGAAGCAGAGAUGGUGGAAUAUCUCAUCUGAAUGAUACAAUCAAGAGCUGAAGUUUAUCAGCAAGAAUGCUUUUAAUCAUUUUUUUUCUUUUUGUUUGUUCUUCUUAGCGUGAGGACAAGGGUUGGGGGGUGGUGGGAUGUUUUCUAAAGGGACUUUUUAUUGGAACAAUAUAGUACUUAAGUAAUACCAUAUGGACUCCAGUCUAUUCUGGUAUACUUAGAAAGUACCUCUAAAGACAGAUUCAUCAGAAUAUGCUCCAAAGCCUGUUUGCAUUAAUACAAAUACUGGGCCAGUUAGCAGGUGGAUAUACAGUGAUGUUUUCAGUGUGCUUCAAUUUGUUUAAAAUUUCCCUAUUCCAGAUCAUUUUCUAUUGAAGAGCACAGCAUGUGUGAAAGACAGUAUGUAACAUGUAGUUUGGAUGUUGCAAGCCCAAGAGAGUUCAUGAAUGUGCUGUUUUGUACAGUUACUAAGUUGGAAAACAGCCAGCUCUCACCUCAGGCUCCUGAAAGGGAAUCCUUUUAUAGGAUCUUGUGUAAGCUGAAGAAGGGGUGGGGAGUCCUGGGAUACAGAAGGGCGCUGGAGCUCACUUUGCUCCCAGCUCUCCAGCUGUUCUGCCCCAAGGGACUGUGUUGAUCUUCAUUUCAGUGGUGCUUUGGAAGUGGGUUCUUUUGUUUCCCUCCUGGAGGUUCCUACAUUCAUAUAUAUGCUGUGGAGGAAUUUAUGCAUUGGGAUAAUUCAUUGAUUGCUUUCUAACUGAAUGAUAUGCAACUUCCUCUUUUGGUGGGGGUGGGGGUGCAGUUAGACACCUGAGGCCUCCCGGGAGAGUUGCAUGAGGUGCUGUGUGUGGACUUCUGUGGUCUGUGUGUGUAGCCAUGAACACAGCUCGCCUGCCUUUGAGACCAAUCAGCGUCGUGUUUAUUUCUUCUGCAGCAUAGAUUCACUAGCUGGAUCACCAGUCCUAAAUUGCCAGUAAUUUGCAAAAUGAGGGAGCAUUUUUGUUGAUAAUCUGAAUGCUUUGAAUUUCUGGUGACUACUUGGAAAAGAAUUCAUUCUGUUUUUCCAGAGUCUUGGUCUCAUGUCUUAAGGCAUAUUUGACUCUCAAGGAAAUGGCACCAGAAAUCCAAAGUACUAUGACUUAGAGGAGAGGUGGAUUAUGGAGUCUUCUCAGUUACCUCUUCUCAUUGCCAGGGAUGCUUUGGAAUAUCUUUGGAAAGCCACGGGGAAUGUGCAUGUGGGCGGGGACCAAAGGAGGCAGUGGCUGCAAGCCUAGCCAUGCUGUCUCCACCAACACAGAGGGUGCUACUUGCCACAAGCCCCUGGCCUGUGUUACCUCUCUGCCCUUCGCUAAGAUAACAAUUAUGCAGACGAUGUCAUUAAGUUCAAUUGUGCAGGGGUACGGAAGGGUGAGGGGGCAUUGUUAUGGGUGAGGGUUGGGGAUAGAAGCUUGGGGAUGUAUUAGCUAGCAACCAAAUUUAGUAGAAGAAUAGGCCUGAUAUAUCCAUGAGCCAUAGUGCUGAGAAGGAACUUUAGCAGUCCUGCCCUCUAAUGUUAGUGAUGAGGAAUCUGAGAUUCGGAGAGAUUCAGUGACUUUGUCAAGAACACUAUUCACAUUGCCAGUUACCACGCUGCUCAUGAGAAACAAACGCACAAAAAAAAAGGAGUCCAUUUGAAAAAAAGGCAUGUUCGUGCUCCAUGGUAUCUAUGUUUUACAGAAUGUCCCUGGCUUGAGCAGUUUGUUCAGGGGUCUGGCGAUUCUUGUCUUGCCUCUCCUACAGUGCCUUGUGCAAGGUUCAUCUCUAUCACGUUAUCUCAGAUCAUCUCAUAGGAUUCUGUGAGUAAAGGAAUGUAAAAGUACCGUGUGUGUGUGUGUGUGUGUGUGUGUGUGUGUGUGUGUGUGUGUUUGGAGUGGGGAGAUGAGGAAGGAUAAUGCGAUUUUCAACCAGUUCUCCUAUUCUCUUUAAUGGAGUGAACAUUGAACACCUCAGUCCUCCAGUAAAGCUAGAAUUAUUACUUCUUCAUACUAGCAUUUUAAUAAACCGUAAUAAAACUGUAAUGGUAGCAGCAGAAGGUAGCAAACUUCAGCGGAGCUACUUUCUAUCCAAAUAAAGAAAGGUACAUAUAGAUUUUUUUUUUACUUAAUUCUUUCCUGGUCAGAACACAUUACUAGAAAUUGUGCUCACUCUGGGGACCGUGAGUGUAAUCGCAUUCUGGCAGGUGACACAUGUCACACAUUCCACACAGUGUGGAAACCAUCUCUUCAGACUCAGGUGUUUUGGAGAAAGAAGGAAGUUCUUGGCUAAGUUCUGUUUUGGACUUUUCAAAAAAAAUCUCUGCUCUCUCACAUCAGAGGCAGUCCCCUGUCUACUCAAUUUCCAGUCCCAGGUUUAUUCUCAAAAAUAAUAUUGUAUGGAAGAAGACCAUGCCAGUGCAUUAUGGUUACAGAGAAGAUCAAUCCUGCCUUUUCAAAACAUCUUUGCAAGAUGUCAUUUAAAAAAAUGAGGUUUCUGGGAGAACUCUUAAAGUAGCCACUUUUUCACAAUUGUGUGGCUGUGAGUUUGGGCUAUCUUUCUGGACUCCCACUUACUUACAUACAUUUUGCUGUCACCUCAGGACAGGAUGCUGACCUGUUGCCUUAAUUUGCACUGCCUGGUGUUCUCUGGGGACCUUACAAUCAGUUGUACCCCAAUGUCCCAUGUAUAGAACAACUUCCAAAAAACAACCUUUUACUUGAUAUAAAAUUCCUAGUAAUGAUUUCUUUGAAAUGCAAGUAUCUUGAGCUUUCUUUUGAAAAUCAUAUACCUUGAUUAUUGUCUUAAUGAAGGAUUUCUUCUCAGUGCUGCUUCUGAGCUUCAGGGUGACAGAGUAGCAGGAACCAGAAAUGUCUGCCAUCAUCUGCCAUGAGAAAUGUACCAAGAGACCUGUCACAUGCUGUUGUUGUUGUACUGUUGGGUGGGCAUAACCGUUGGAACAUGAACAAACUGUGUAAAAAACUUUGCACCAAGAGCCUAAAUACUCAUAAUGCCACAGCUUGAAGUUAGUAUGUAUACACUAACCUUCAUAAAUUAUAUUCUUAUGUCUGUUAGUGUAUACUCUCCUGUUAACAAAAUUGCUCAUUCACAUAUGGAAGAUGUUACAUUUAAUGUGCAUUUUUGCAAACAAAUGUUUUCAAAGGAAGGCAUGCACUGAGGGCUCAUUGCCACCAAUCUCAGUCUGCCGCCAUUCUCGGGAAUGUAUCUUGCAAGUGCCAUCCAUCAUUAGUAGGACAGGUGUCAGGAGUUUAUUUUUUUCUGGUAGCAAUGGUAGGUUCCAUGGAGCCAUCAGACCUCUUUCUGGCUUCCUUGUGAUUAACAGCAUGUGAUUGUACAGCAGAGAACAGGGGUUGCGAGAUGGACUAGAGAAGAAUUGCCUUUGCUUGAAAAUGUAUUUUGUCCCAUGAUGAUUGUGAUCUUAUUCUGUAAUCAACUGAGCUAGUUCCAAUAAAGUGAAGCAGGUUUCAAUCCACUUUGUGCCUAUCUUUUCACUGACAAUAAAGUAUUUUAAAAUGCA